AUGAUUGAGAUCAGAAUGAAAAUAUCUAAAUCUAUAGGGACUGUUUUGGUUUCUAUUAUCUUCUAUCUUUCCUCAGCUUCACUUGUCGUCUGUUCAUCUCUUGAUGUCACCAUUGAUAACCAUUCACCAAGCAAUCUCAAGAACAAAGGAUCCCUAGUACAAGACAAGUUGAGUCAUCAAAUGAUAAACAGCAUAAAGCUUCAUGGCAUUCUCCUAUGGGCUUCAAUGGGGUUUCUUAUGCCAGUGGGGAUUCUCUUCAUUAGAAUGGCCAAUAAAGCUAAUGAAAAUGGAAGAAAAGUUAAAGUAUUCUUCUACCUCCAUGUCGUUUUCCAGAUAUUAGCAGUGGUUUUGGCAACAAUAGGAGCUAUAAUAUCUUUAAGAACAUUAGAGAACUCUUUUGACAACAACCAUCAAAGACUUGGCUUGGCUCUUUAUGCAGCCAUGUGGCUCCAAUUCUUGACCGGUGUCUUCAAGCCCUCUAGAGGGAGCAAAAGGAGGUUGAAAUGGUUCUUACUGCAUUGGAUCCUUGGAACAGUACUGUCAAUAUUUGGCAUAAUAAAUAUAUACACAGGCAUAAGAGCAUACCAUAGGAAGACGUCAUCAAGUAGAGACUCAAGUCUUUGGACAAUCUUGUUCACAGCUCAACUCUCUUGUCUUGUCUUCUUCUAUCUAUUUCAAGACAAAUGGGAACAUAUUCAAAGGCAAAGAGUUGUUAUUGAUGAAUUGGGUCAUCAUCAUCAAAGUAAUAACACAAAUGGAAGAAGUAAUGACCAAAUCGUUCAAGUGGUAACAAGAAAUGAUCAUGAACAAAAGGUCAUGGUUCCUCAGCCUUGUCGCAAAAGUAAUGCACUUGUGAAUCUGUUUAAGUUGAUUUGA